UCAAUUUUGCAAGUGGUUCUGAUUUACUAUCGCUGUUCUCUAGCUGAUCUAAACCCGCUUUUGACCUAAAGGGACACUUUUUGGACGCCAUGGACUUUUCUCAGUUUCCAGGCAGAAAGAACAGACAAAAUGCAGGCAGGGCACAGGACAAAGCACUAGGGACAAAAUAAAUGUUUUGCUAUGUAAAAUUUGUUUGGAAAAAAAUGGCUUUUUUAAAAAUUUUCAAAUUUCCGCCGGCGUCCGUACGUCCCGACGUCACAGGGACCGGAACACAGAAGCAAGAUGCCGGCAUCGGCCGGAGGAGAUGGCCGGGGACGCUGCAGGGGACACAU